AGGAGGUAUCAGCUGCGGGAAGAAGAGACAGCAGACCUAAAUUGCAGGCGACCAUUCCUUCACUUCUGGUGUCUUUUCUCAGCAAGCCACCUGCAGAAAUAAAAAGAAGCCGGUCAUUUGCUGCACAUUUGAAGUGUUUCUCCCCAGGGCUAAAGCUCUCCAAUAUGUCUCGGAUCUAACACCUCCGGAGAAAUCGAGGAAUACCAGACUCCCGUGGUGGAUGUGGACAUCUAAACUGUGGACAUGGAAAAGAUAGUGAAUUUAUCCCUUUCUGUUCUGCUGGUUUUAUGGGGAUGUGCGCUUGGAGGCUCGCCCAGUGUUCAAAUUGGGGGACUCUUUCCAAGGGGCGCGGAUCAAGAGUACAGCGCAUUUCGGAUAGGAAUGGUUCAGUUUGGCACCUCGGAAUUCAGAUUGACGCCCCACAUUGACAAUCUGGAAGUGGCUAAUAGUUUUGCUGUGACCAACUGCUUCUGUUCACAGUUCUCAAGAGGAGUGUACGCCAUCUUCGGAUUCUACGACAAGAAGUCUGUCAACACCAUCACGUCAUUUUGUGGGACGCUCCAUGUGUCCUUCAUUACGCCCAGCUUCCCUCUGGAUGGGAAUCAGCAGUUUAUUAUCCAGAUGAGACCCGAUAUCAAAGGGCCCCUCCUCAGCCUUAUUGAGUACUACAAGUGGGACAAGUUCGCCUACCUGUACGACAGCGAUCGAGGACUUACGACGCUGCAGGUUGUUCUGGACACAGCGGCAGAGAGGAAGUGGCAUGUGACAGCGAUCAACGUGGGGAACCUGAAAGACGAGAGGAAGGAUGAGGCCUACCGCUCUCUGUUCCAAGACUUGGAGAACAAAAAGGAGAGGAGGGUGAUCCUGGACUGUGAACAGGACAAAGUCAAAGACAUCAUGGAGCAGAUCAUCACAAUUGGCAGACAUGUUAAAGGCUACCACUACAUUAUAGCCAAUCUGGGUUUCAUUGAUGGGGACCUAACCAAAAUCCAGUAUGGCGGUGCCAACGUGUCUGGCUUUCAGAUUGUUGACUUCGAGGAUCCUUUGGUGUCCAAGUUUGACCAGAGAUGGGAAGCCCUAGAAGAAAAGGAGUAUCCUGGUGCUGACAGUAAAAUAAAGUACACAUCAGCGUUGACCUACGACGCCGUGCAGGUGAUGACGGAGGCCUUCCGCUACCUGCACAAGCAACGCAUCGACUUCACCAGGAGGGCCAACACUGGGGACUGCCUGGCCAACCCCGCUGUCCCCUGGGCUCAGGGAGGGGAGAUAGAGCGAGCACUAAAACAGGUGCGUGUGGAAGGCCUGACAGGAAACAUCCAGUUUGAUCAACAUGGCAAGAGAGUCAACUACUCAGUGAACAUAAUGGAGUUAAAGACUAACGGCCCUGUAAAGAUUGGCUACUGGAAUGAAGUUGACAAAAUGGCCGUCACCAAAUCUGAUGUCUUUGCAAAUGAAUCGACAGGAAUGGAAAACAAAACAGUGAUUGUCACCACAAUCUUGGAAGCUCCAUAUGUAAUGCUGAAAAAGAACUCUGAACAGUUUACUGACAAUGAGCGCUACGAGGGUUACUGUGUAGAUCUGGCUGCGGAGAUAGCGAAGCACUGCGGCUUCAAAUAUCAACUGAAAAUAGUGAGUGACGGGAAAUACGGAGCCAGAGAUGCAGAGACCAAAAUCUGGAACGGGAUGGUUGGAGAGCUGGUGUACGGGAAAGCUGACAUUGCAGUGGCUCCUCUGACCAUCACUUUGGUACGAGAGGAAGUGAUUGACUUCUCCAAACCCUUCAUGUCUCUGGGAAUCUCCAUCAUGAUAAAAAAGCCUCAGAAAUCCAAACCUGGUGUCUUUUCUUUCCUGGACCCGCUGGCCUACGAGAUCUGGAUGUGUAUCGUGUUUGCCUACAUAGGCGUAAGCGUGGUGCUGUUCCUUGUCAGCCGCUUCAGCCCGUACGAGUGGCACACUGAGGAGUAUGAGGACGGGCAGAUCCAGACCAAUGAGUCGACGAAUGAGUUUGGCAUAUUCAACAGCCUGUGGUUCUCCCUUGGAGCCUUCAUGCGCCAAGGCUGUGACAUCUCACCUAGAUCUCUGUCUGGGCGCAUUGUUGGGGGCGUUUGGUGGUUCUUCACUUUAAUCAUCAUCUCCUCCUACACCGCCAACCUGGCUGCUUUCCUGACUGUCGAGAGGAUGGUCUCGCCCAUUGAAAGCGCAGAGGAUCUUGCCAAACAGAGUGAGAUAGCCUAUGGGACUCUGGACUCUGGCUCUACCAAAGAGUUUUUUAGGCGCUCAAAAAUUGCCCUCUUUGACAAAAUGUGGACAUACAUGCGCAGUGCGGAGCCCUCUGUGUUUGUGAAAACCACAGCCGAGGGGGUCGUGAGAGUCCGCAAGUCCAAGGGGAAGUACGCCUACCUGCUGGAGUCCACCAUGAACGAGUACAUCGAGCAGCGGAAACCCUGCGACACCAUGAAGGUUGGAGGGAACCUCGACUCCAAAGGAUACGGGAUCGCUACGCCGAAAGGAUCCUCAUUAAGAAAUGCGGUUAACCUCGCAGUACUAAAACUGAAUGAGCAAGGCCUGUUGGACAAAUUGAAAAACAAAUGGUGGUACGACAAAGGAGAGUGCGGCAGCGGGGGAGGUGAUUCCAAGGAGAAGACCAGCGCUCUCAGCCUGAGCAACGUGGCUGGGGUAUUCUACAUUCUGGUCGGGGGACUCGGCUUGGCCAUGCUGGUGGCCUUGAUUGAGUUCUGUUACAAGUCCCGAGCCGAGGCCAAGCGAAUGAAGAUGACCUUUGGGGACGCCAUGAGGAACAAAGCAAGACUUUCCGUCACUGGAAGUAACGGGGAGAAUGGUCGGGUGAUGACUCCAGAGUUUCCUAAAUCUGUCCACGCUGUCCCGUACGCGAGACCUGACAUGGGACUAAACGUCAGCCUGACAGAUCUGUCCUGAUCAAUGAGAAACUUCUGAGUGCCUUACAAUGGUUUCAAUAGAGCGUUUUUUUUCUCUUUGCCGUCCUGCCCUCCCUCCUUCUGUUCUGCGGCUUUUUCUGUCUGUCUGGUGAAAAAGGAAAAAGAUGGAGGCUUCAUUUUGUGGCUCACAAAGACUUGUAUUGUUGCUCUCUGUCUCUAUUUCUCACCGUAUAAAACCCCUCUUUCUCUCUGGGUGGAAUUACAUCUCGGAAUAUAAAAGGGAGGCUCUUUUUUUUCUAAACUGAUGACACCACGCUUUCCUAUCUUACUGUCUGGACUGGACUGAAACAGAGACGAGGGCUUGAUUGACGGCAACGGCUGCUUCUGGGAGUCCGAGUUUCAGUCAUCUCAACUGUGUGUGUGUGUGUGUGUGUGUGUGUGUGUGUGUGUGUGUGUGUGUGUGUGUGUGUGUGUGUGUGUGUGUGUGUGUGUGUGUGUGUGUGUGUGUGUGUGUGUGUGUGUGUGUGUGUGUGUGUCAGAGGAAGAUUUCGUCAAAAUCACACUGUUUCUGUAGCCCCCACCGCCGAACAGGAUUUUCAAGCACACUUGAUAUCAUCUGCAUUAAGAUGUGAAAAUGUCCUUUUUUUUCUAAGAAAAUCAACAAAAAAAAGUUUAUUGAAAAAAAGUAUUUUUAUGUAUUUUCACAAAAUAGCUUUUAAAUAAACUUGCUUACAUACUGGUUGGAUAUAACAUCUUAAUGUGUGAGUAUUCAAAAGGAAUAAAAUACUAAACAGCUUAUAGUUCCAUAUUUUUAAAGCCAAAUACAUUGCAUAUGGGGCUGAGAUGUUGAAAUCAUGUAAUUAAUUCUUAUUCUAAACUUUUCCUGUAUAUUUUAUUCUUUAACAUUUGGUGUUGAUAUGAAAUAUAUGUCAAUGCUUGACAUUUGGAAUCAAUCCUUCUACGUUUUACUUGUUAGAGUUGGUACAGCAAUUUUGCUUUAUACUUUUGUCUUUUUGUUUUGCUUACAAGCUUUUGUUGUUUGUAUUUUUUCUGCCGAGAACCAGGGUUGUUCUACUUUGAAAAAGGAAAUUGAACUGUUUACAUGCCAUCAAUGCAAAACAAAAAAAAUAGUACAGUAUUACCGCAUCACAUUUUAAAGUGACAUCAAAAAGAGGCAUCGACAUCUACACAGUGGUUUUAAAUGCCAAAUAAGUGACAGUGCCAAAAUCUAGUGCCAGUAGAUAUGAAUAUAGUCCUAAUAUAAUCAAUCACUGUCAUCUCAGUGAAUGUAAAUUAUACAUUCUGUAAUUUUUGUAACUAGAUGUACAGUUGGUGGCAAUGACAGUGCUAAUACAAUAGCCUUUACGCUUUGUUUCUCCAUGUAUUUUGCAUUGAUCUGACAAUAAAGUAGCACCAGUUGCAUGUUGUUGCAGAAAAUAUUACAUAUGUUUAUUUCAUUACUGCCAAACAUGCAUUUUCAUUUAAAUGUUGAAGUUGUGAGGUUAAUUGUUUGAAAUUGGAAAUAUAAUGUUAGACAUAUAUACAAUAUAUACAUACAUAUAUUUUAUACAAAAAGUUUGAAAAUGAAAAAUGAUAGCCCCUUUUCAUCAAAGCUACUCCUUCCUUUAAAUACUAAAUUUGGUUACUUAUUAAACUAAUGUUUUUUUUUAGAUAUUUAGUCCCAACAUAAGUUAUUUAGAAAACUUAUGCAGACAAGCACUUUUAAUUAUAAGACACACUUUGUUUUAUUUUUUCUAAAAUUGACUUAUGACGAGUCCUCAACUGCAACACACAAGGUAAACUGUAUUCAUAUUAUUACUGUUGUUUUUUAAAUGAACAAUAUAAACAUGUAGUUGCUUAUUAAAUUUCAUCGCAUAUUCAGGCUAUUCUCACUGACAUUUUGUAUAUGGAAUGUGUGCUGACUUGUUUAUUUUUUGGGACUCUUUCUAAAUAAAAGUGGCUGAUCUCUUGUUA